AUGUUUUUUGUAUACUUUAUACCUUGUACCCUUUUAACAAAAGAAAAAUAUCCUUUAGAAGUUAUUAGAUGUGAACUAUACAUUAGUAAUUUUAUUUGUUUCCCUUUUUUUAGAAUAAUCUUUCGUUACUACAGGCAUAUCCUGGCAUUUAUCUUUGCAGUUGAGGAAAUAAACAGAAAUCCUUAUCUACUUCCUAACGUCACACUCGGAUUUGACAUUUUUGAUUCGUGUGCAUAUGAAAGCAAAGCAUUAGAAAGCUCUUUGAAAUUACUGACAGGUGCACAAAAUGCUGUUCCAAAUUACCAGUGUGCGAAGAGGGGUCCCUUGGCUGGAAUAAUUGGACAUAUGCUCUCCUCUUCAACUAAGACCAUGGCCAAGCUUUCUGGGGUCCAUUUACUCCCACAAGUAAGUUAUGGAGCUCAGGAUUCCGAUAUAAGUGCUAAGUCAAUAUAUCCAACUUUAUUCCGGACUGUCCCAUCUGAACAAAGUCAGAAUGAUGGUUUUGUACAGCUUCUCAAAUAUUUUGGCUGGAUAUGGGUUGGAAUCAUUACCACCGAUGAUGAAAAUAACCUCCGGUGGAGUAAUGAAAUUAAAAACAUACUCAUUAAAAAUGAAAUCUGCAUCGCCUACUUCCAAAUCAUAUCAAGCAGAGCUCUCAACAGCCUGGACCAGGCAAUAAAUGUCAUCAAAAGCUCAUCUGCAAACGUUGUCUUUUUUUUCUGCAGUAGCUUAGACUUUAUAAACUUCAUGUUUACUUUUCAGAUGUUUUCCAUUCCUGGAAAAGUGUGGAUUGUGCCAUCAACAGUGACCCUCGAUACACAGGAAUCCUAUGUAACCAUUUUUAAUGGUUCGCUUGCUUUUGCUAUUCACAAAGGAGAGAUCCCAGGAUUAAAGGAAUUUCUCUAUAACACUAACCCCCUCACCUUACCAGAUGAUAUAUUCACCGCCUUAAUGUGGCGAAGUGCCUUUGCCUGCUUACCUAUAAAUGCGACCACAUUUAGAAACCAACUAAAAUACUUAAGGAAUUGCACUGGAAAAGAAACAAUGAAAUCCUAUGAGAAUGAGUUUGAUGUCAACAACUUUAGAUUAACUUAUGCUAUUUACAGAGCUACUUAUGCAAUGGCCUAUGCAACACAUGACUGGGUAUAUUCAAGAAAUAAUCAACAGACCGAUGUUAUAACUUAUAUCAAAUCAACUUUUCCUGCAUCUAAGGUAAAAUACAUAGCUUACACUUCAUUUUGGGAAACAUCUAUAGAGGAAGGACCUACAGGGAGUACAGGGAGUGGACUGGAGAGCAGCAGGAUGGAUGAUCGAAGCGUAGACACUCAAUCCCCCUCCAAGGGAGAAAUGGCAGAGAUGCUGUUAAAACUGGAAAAUGCGAUAAAAGGCGAAAUACAGAACUUGCGGACGGAUUUAGGCCAUAUGCUAUCCAGAAUAGAGGCAGUAGAGGAACAGAUAGAGAAACAGGCACAAGAAGCAAAUACAUUCAGAGCCCAGAUGGACCAGAUCCAACUACAACAAAGACAUAUUCUCUAUAAAUUAGAGGAUCAGGAAAACAGAAAUCGGAGACAAAAUUUAAGGAUAAGGUCCAUACCAGAGAGAAGGGGUGAGGACCUCAGGAUAAUAACGCAGAAGAUAUUUAAUCCAAUAUUGGAAAGAACUGUAGAGAACCCAGUCGGGAUUGAAAGGGUCCAUCGAGUAGGAAAUCCGAAAAGAGCGACCUCAGAGCGAUCAAGAGAUGUCAUAAUAAGGUUCCGAUUCUAUGAAGAAAAAGAGCUAAAUAAAUACCUUGACAAUGUUACAUUUAAAACAUCAUCGGGUGAGAAUUUUCAAUUUGAGAACCGAGCACUUGCAGGCCAAUAUGACAUAAUGAACUGGUUCAUCGCUCCCAAUGGAACUACUCAAUAUAGACAGAUUGGAAGCUACACAAGUUUUGCACCUCCAGGAGAACAAUUUGUUAUUAAUGAAAAGUUCAUCCAAUGGAAUAAAAUAUUUAAAGAGGUACCUCGUUCUGUGUGCAGUAACAGCUGUCUUCCGGGAUACAGAAAAGCUCUCAAAAAGUCCCAGCAAAAAUGUUGCUAUGACUGCGUUCUGUGUUCAGAGGGAGAGAUAUCUAACAGCACAGGUAAAUAUGUGGAAAACUGCAUCAAGUGUACUGAACAUCAGUGGUCCAAUGAGAGAAGAGACAAGUGCAUCCCGAGAACCAUAGACUUUCUCUCCUAUGAAGAUGCUUUGGGAAUUGCAUUAUCUCUCCUUGCUGUUCUGCUUUCAGCGCUCACUGUAACAAUUCUGUCUAUAUUUAUCAAACACAAAGAAACUCCCAUAGUGAAAGCCAACAACAGGGACCUCAGUUACAUCCUUCUCCUCUCUCUCACUUUGUCCUUCCUCUGCUCUCUAUUAUUUAUUGGACGCCCCCAGACCAUUACUUGUUUUUUCCGCCAGGCAGCUUUUGGCAUUAUAUUUGCCAUUGCUGUAUCUUCGGUUUUGGCUAAAACUAUAACUGUUGUCAUCGCUUUCAAUGCCACAAAGCCUGGCAGUGAAUCAAUAAAAUGGAUUAAGACCUGGGUAUCAACAUACUUAGUGUCCAUUUGUGCAAUGGGUGAGAUCGUAAUAUGUUUUGUAUGGUUUUUGUGCAAUCCACCCUUUCCAGAUUUUGAUACAUCGGAAAGAUCACUAAGGAUGACACUUCAAUGUAACGAUGGGUCUUCUAUUGCCUUUUACUUUCUGAUAGGGUAUAUGGGUAUUCUGGCUGUUUUUAGUUUUAUAGUAGCCUUUCUUGCCAGAAAGCUACCCGAUACAUUUAAUGAGGCAACACAUAUUACCUUUAGUAUGCUGGUCUUCUGCAGUGUUUGGCUGUCUUUUUUCCCUGCAUAUCUAAGCACAAAAGGUAAGUACAUGGUAGCCGUUGAAAUAUUUGCCAUGCUGGCUUCCAGUGGUGGAUUACUGUGUUGUAUAUUCCUCCCUAAGUGUUAUAUUAUUAUGAUACGGCCAGAAUUAAACUGUAAAGAACAUCUGAUUGGAAAAAAAUCCAUUAAGUAUAAUGUUGAAAGUAACUAAUUGAUAUAAAAUGGUUCAAGAAGAAUAGGAAAGGUGAUUUGUGAUUUUUAUCUGACAGUAGAUGUCAGUGUAAUUCCAGAAGAGAAUAAGUAGUGCAGAACAAACGUAACCAGAAAAACAAAUGGUGAAUCACGGAGUUCGUAACCUAAGGGUUUCUUUCCCUAAACUGUUGUCACUUACUUUCCUAUAGAGUGUGCUAAACACAUCUGUGACUUACCUUUUCCUACAUUGUGCUUUAUGUUAUUAUUGGAAACAGAGAAUAAGUGUGAAGACCCUACAGAGAAAAACAAA